UAUGGCUUCAAUUUUACCUGCAUCCAAUAAAUCCAUGCGAUCUGACAGGAAUACAUACAUCGGGAAAAAGUUUGUUCAUGUUAAAAAUCCUCACUUGGAUUCUAUGGAGGAAGAUAUUCUCUAUCACUUUGAUUUGGGGACAAAAACACAUAACUUACCAGCAAUGUUUGGGGAUGUAAAGUUUGUCUGUGUUGGUGGGAGCCCUAACAGAAUGAAAGCUUUUGCACUGUUAAUGCAAAAGGAACUUGGGUAUGAGGAAUGUGGAGAAGAACUAGAAGAUAUCUGUGCUGGGACAGACAGAUACUGCAUGUACAAAACUGGCCCUGUGCUCUCCAUCAGUCAUGGCAUGGGCGUCCCCUCCAUUUCUAUUAUGCUUCAUGAACUCAUCAAAUUACUUUACCAUGCUCGAUGUUGUGAUGUUACCAUUAUCCGAAUUGGUACAUCAGGGGGAGUAGGGAUUGAGCCGGGGUCUGUUGUCAUAACCGACACAGCUGUAGAUGCCUUCUUCAAGCCUCGGUUUGAACAGGUAAUCUUGGACAACAUUGUCACCCGAAGUACUGAACUUGACAAGGACCUGGCUGAGAAGCUAUUCAAGUGUAGCAAAGAAAUCCCCAAUUUCCCAGCCCUUAUUGGCCAUACAAUGUGUACCGAUGAUUUUUAUGAAGGCCAAGGUCGAUUAGAUGGAGCACUGUGCUCUUUCUCAAGAGAAAAAAAGUUAGACUAUUUGAAGAGAGCAUAUAAAGCUGGUGUCAGGAAUAUUGAAAUGGAAUCAACAGUGUUUGCAGCCAUGUGUAGACUUUGUGGUCUAAAAGCUGCUGUGGUCUGUGUGACACUUCUCAACAGAUUUGAAAGUGACCAGAUCAACCUCCCUCAUGAGGUUCUGGUAGAGUACCAGCAACGACCUCAGCUUUUGAUCUCCAACUUCAUCAAACAACAGCUUGGACUCCAUAGGAUCUCCUAG